CUUCUCGCUGGUGCUGGCAACCAAAUUUCCCUUCUUUCCACCCUUUCCCAUCCUUUUUUUCUUGCUUUCUUUCAGUGUCUCCUUCUUCUGAUUUCCCUGGCUGGCACUGUUUUGAGGCGUCCGACUCAGUCCAUUCUUUUUUGACCCGUUUCAGAGCCUUUCCUUUUCUGUUCGCAAAUCGGUUCAUUGCCUGUUACCAUUAUGUCGGUUCCAACCAACGUCACCUUCGACGACACUCAAGCAUCCUUUUCUUGGGCUGGCUCUUGGACGGUUUCAAGAGCGGAUGAUGACCUGUGCGAAGAGUGCUCAAGCUCUAAGAUCGACGCGACCCAGUUGUUCAACGGGACAUCGCAUAACGCGCUUGCGUCCAAUUCGACAGGAUCGUGCACCUUCACUGGGACCGCGAUCUAUGUCUAUGGUGUGGAUGCACCCAACUCUGGUACUAUGCGGUUUACCGUCGAUGAUGACCAUAACACCACCGAGGCGCAUGUGUACGACGGGGACUCUGUCAUCUAUGACGCCACACUCUAUUCUGUGGCCGGUCUAUCGAACGGGCAACAUACGUUGAACUUCGAGAUGACGACCGCCCCGGAGGAUGGAGGGAUGAGCUGCAUAGACUAUGCAGUCGUCACGCGUGAAGACAUUGCGUCUGUAAGCUCUAUAUCGAGUGACGACAACAACGGUCACCAUUCCACCGCAUCAUCAUCCUCAUACGCCUUUUCAGCCACCACCGAAAGCCUUACCACCGCACCUACACCCACAUCCUCAUGCGCUGACAAUUCAUCCUGUUCUGUGUCCGGCGGAGUAUCCGAACAAGGUCCAUCACAACUUCUGGUCCCCCCAGAAACAAUCAUCGGAGCAGUCGUUGGAAGUGUCCUCGGUCUAUUCAUGAUCAUCGGUGGUCUGCUGUUCCUGUGGUACAAGAGGAGAAAGAAGAGCAUGCUGCGGCAACCGUUACCUUUCGUUGGCUUAUUGACGAUCCUUUCCCUCUUGCGCAUCAAGUGCCUUCGCAAGAGGCACUGGCUCGCGCACAGUCUCGUGAAAAGCCGAAUGCGUUCAUACCUCACGAUGUGCCCCUAACACCGCCCGUCGAUACCCUACCACGACCAUUCCCUGCACCAGACCCCGGCAAAUUCAACCCCCCUCUCCAAAUCCUUCCCCCAGCCGUGCUCGAAACCCGCGUCGCCGACCUCGAAGCCCAAAUGAUCACGGUCCAAGCCUCAGGCUCCGGCUCCCUCUCCACCGUCCCCGUGCCUAUCCUCUCCGCCCCUCCCACCAGGAGCAGGAGUCAAACGCGCAGUGCGAAUCCCAGCAAGGCUUCGCGAGAUUCAGGGCGAAGGAAGGUGAACCGUGUGGCAGAGGCGACGCCACCUGGGGCGCAGCCACCGCCUUAUUCGGGCAGGAGGUUUUCAGCAAAGAGGUUACUCCCAUAACCUCCUGGGUUUACCGGGUAGUGAGAAGCGCGGAUGGAGGAUGACAUGACGGUGUGGCGGUGGAUGGCGUUGUGGUGGUGGCGGUGGCGGUGGGUGCAGACGUUGGUAUGGUGAGAGGGAGACCGCGAAGACCGAGGAGAGAAGGCUGCCCUGGAGUCGGAGUCGAAGAGUUCUUUUCUGUUCCUGUUUUUCUGGUUGGUGCUAUCGCUGGUUCGAUGGUACUACUGUGCUCGCGCAACGACUGUUUUUUUUAUCGUUUGCCCGAGCUCCGUGUAUAGUAUGUGCAUAUUACCCUGGGGUCAUUAGCAUCUUCUAUGAAGUUCGGUUUUUUCUCUUCACUUGUGGAAGUUUGGGUUCCUUUUUGUGCCUGCUCUAGUUUGGUUCUUGGUUUCCGGCACUGCGUGUGAGUGGUCUGUAUUACAUUACAUCUUGUUUUGAUCCAUGGUCAUCU